CCGAAUUCCGCUCCGUUGGAGGAAGCACUCGUCCUGCCGUGUUGUCAUUUGUCCUGGCUGAACAAUAUGACCGAUGGCUGGGUGGAUUGCCCCUCGCUGGGGCCCGGCUGGCAGCGCCGUGAAGUCAUGCGCAAAAACAGUCCGGUACCAGGGCGAUCAGACACCUAUUAUGUAAGCCCCAGAGGAGAGAAGAUUCGCAGCAGAGUGGAGCUGAUGCGGUUGCUGGGAUGUUCAAGGGACCUGACCGACUUUGAUUUCAAGAAAGGGAUUUUCAUUGAGCCUGGUGCCGAGCCCGCUCCACCUGUUCCAGCCCCUGCAGAAAAACAUCAGAAGGUCAAAAAGCGUGGCAAGAAGCGGCUCCCUUCUCUGCCAAAAGCUGCCCCUCCGCUCAAGAAACCUCCUGAGCUGCAAGAAUUUAAGCCGCCUCCGGAUGAGAAUCCUCCAAAGCUAGAGCUGCAGAUGCCGAUAGAGACGCCCGCCAGUAUUCCAGCCCAGCAGCCGGAGCCUCUGGCUCCCACGGAUCCGUUAACCCCCAAACCUCGCAAACGACGGCGUCGGAAACAUCCUCCCGCCAUCCUCGCCGAGGGCAAAGCGGGAGAUGCGAUGAUGCUAGAAACCCCACUCGAGGAAACCAUCGCGUGCUGUGCCAGCUGUCAAGGCCAGUUCCCAGGAGUGAUGCUUCCAUCCCAGAGGCGCUGCCGUUGGCUCUGCCCCGACUGCAGAGCUCAGAGAAGAGACUUCAACCGGGAGCAGAGAUAUUACAAGCAAAUUGGCUGUGGGGUGUGCCAAGCCUGCCAGAUGUCUCAGGACUGCGGCAUCUGCACAGUGUGUGUCGUGCGAGCCAAGAGCCCCGAGCUCCGCAUUGGCAUCAAAUGCCUGCUGCGACGAUGCCUGAAGAUUGUCAAAAAGGGUCUCGAAUGUGGGAUGUGCCAGGCCUGCAAAAUAACCGAAGACUGCGGUACCUGUCAAAUCUGCGUGCGGAGGCAGAAGCCGGGCAUGAAGCGCCAGUGGAAAUGUAUGAAGCGCCGCUGUCUCAAGCGCAAGAAAAAAAUCCCACCCAAGAAAGACGGCUACAGCUCCAAGAAGGCUGUGGUGGAAGCCUCCCCGCCAAAGGACACCUUCACCCCAGCACGACAGCGGCAGAAGAGGCCAGCGUCAGCAACAGAUGGGCCUCCUCCCAAGGUCCAAAGGGCCCCCAGGCGCCGCCGCAAGAAGCUGUCAGCAGCACCACCACCACCGGUGCCCGCAGAUGGGCCCCCUCCCAAGGCUCAGCUGACCCCAGACUGCCCCCGUCAGAAGCACUCGGCUACCACAAAAUGGAAGCCUACCAUGGAACGGGAUCCUGAGGGCAUCCCCAUAGUACGGCGUAGGAAGAAGCAGAUGGGCGCUGUGAAGGAGCGGAAGAAGCCCGGCCGCCCGGCCAAGCAUCCCACGACCAAGCUCAAAAACAGUGUGCACACCUCCAAAAGCCGGCGGAACCGGAAGUGUGGUGAGUGUGAAGCCUGUCAGCUGAAAACCGACUGCGGCCGCUGUGACUUCUGCCAGGACAAGCCCAAGUUCGGCGGGGGGAACCUCAAGCGCCAGAAGUGCCGCUGGAGACAGUGCCUCCAUUUUGCAAUGAAGCGGCUGCUUCCCGAGGAGUGGAGCAGCCCAGAGGCGGAGGGGGCGGCGGCAGCGGGCCGGAAGGUCAGGAGGAGGAGGAGGAGGAGGAGGAACGCCUUCGGCAGCCGCAAGCCGGCCAGGAUCAAGCAGGUGGGGCGGCAGGGAGCCAAGGGGCGUGGCCAGAAGCGCCGGGCCAAAGCCAGCUUCCAGCCGGAGGCUGAGGAGCUGCCCUGCGCCAGCAAACCGAUCGAUCUGUCCAAGCCGCAGAACCGAGAGACGCCGGGCCAACAGCUGCUGAAGCUGCAGGAGCAAGCAAAGGAGGAGUUGCCUCAAGUCUGCGCGAAGGACCUCCCUCUGGUACCGCAGCAAGUCAAGGAGAAGGGGCCGGCAGUCCUCUGCCCCCCUACCCAGCCCACCCAGGUCUUGGUGAAGGAACCAGAUCCUAGAUUACCUGCUGUCAACCUCCUCCUUGCUACAUCUCCCAAGAUUAAGCAAGACCGUGCAGAACCGUGUGUAGACCGUCGCCCGUUGAGUGAUUCUCCGGUGUUGGCGGGGCUGCCUCAAUCUAAGAGCACCAGGGAGACACAAUGCAGAGAGGUGGUGGUGCUGGAUGACGAAGAGGAUGAUGAAGUGGAACAGCUGCAGCCAAUACGCCCCCCAGUGAUAAUGGAGAUCUACAGCCUGGAAGGCGUGCAGCCUCUGAGCCAGCUGGACAGCGUCCUGCGAGAGUUCCUGGCCGAGCUGAAUGAGAUCCCUCUCCCCGCUCACUGGGAGGUGCUGCCCCUGCUGGGUGGUCCGGAUCUGCGCCUGGUUCAACGUUCGAAACAUUCCACCAUGUCGGCGACAGUCAUCCACAUCCGCCCAGGCCUCUUCUUCCAGGUGGUGGUGCGGAACCUCCCCGUGCCUCCCGAACAUGAACUCUACGCCAGCCACCCCGCCCGUCUCACCACGGUUGACGAAGUGGUGGAACUGAUCUGCGACCUGGAGGCCUAUCGGCUUUGUCCUGGCUGGCCGGCAGGCUGGCACGCCGGCGAACGGUCCCAGGCCUGCGACGUUCUGGUGUACUCGGGCUGCUGCCCGCAGUGCCGGCUUAACCCUUGGCCGUCAGGGAGCGGGACCCGCUAAGAACCGAGCCAGAGGGGUAGGGGAAGGGGAAAUCCGGGCACAGAACUCGGCCCUGUGGCGCAGCGAACAGGCAGAAGUUUUAUUUUGACACUGGAAAAUGGCUUGGAUAUCUGAAAGGAUCAUUCCUUGCUGCAAAUGGCUUUAUAUUCCCCCCCCCCCUUCUUGUUCAGUAGCUUGGCACAUAAAGGUCCGUUUUGUUUCCCCUCUUGUCUCCACCCCCCUGCCCCAUAAACUGCUUCUAAAUUCCUCACAGGCGUGAAAAGUUUCUAGCGGAGACUAGGCUCCCGUCUGGCUUUGAAUCAUUUGCUCAUCUCCCUGCCGGCGAGUUGCAUCGUGAAUCACAGCACAUCCCCGUCAGCUGUCUGGGAUCACCACCGUCUCGCAUUUUUAAACUUCAGACGUUCGGCGUAGUACCACUAGACGGUCUGACGGGAACGUGCAGAACCUCUUUAACGCAUCUGGCUCGGACUUCUCUCGGUCGCUUUCGGCAUUGUUUCCUGCUUGCCUAUUCCCCCGUGCUGUUGAACUUAGCACAGUUCCAGAAGACAUCAAGAUCUUGCAGUAUGACCUUCUCCGGACAUGGGGAAGGAUAGGAUUCUCGAAAAGGAUCUCCUUCUUUGACUUGAAUGCCUCUUGGCAAAGACCUAGCCCUUCUUUCCUCCCCUAGUAUGCACCUAAAACUUGAAGUGUUGCCUCCGGCAUGUUUUUCUGUUUCUGAGUUUGGAUGAUUAGUUCAAUUGGAGGACCAGGGGCGUUCCGUUCGGGGGACACAGAAGGUGAAACAGACCCAGCUGGAAGGCAGCGAAGCGGCGGGCCGGCUGCCCCUCCUGUUUGCAGAGAGGUUCCGGCACACGUCCUGUUCAGGGAAGUUCUACAGAAGCCAUAGCUGUGCAUCCCUCGCUGACUCUGCGGUUUUGUUUCGUGUCUUCCUUCUGUGCGGUCGGCGGCAACAGCAGCAAACACCCCCAAACACACACCCCGGCCUUCUCCCCUCAUGGCACUCUUUGUUUUUGUAAUUUUUGUUCUGUGCUUCUUCCCCUCCCCCCCCCCCCCCCCCCCCCCCCCGCUCAGAAGAAAAUCAGAUCUACCCUUGAAGAAAUUAUCAAAAAUCAGAACUGGUCUCUCUAUUUUUUUUAAUGUAUUAAAAACUUUAACGAGCAAGUGCAA